GGGGCGGCCCUUUACUACGCAGGAGGAACACGUCUUUUCAUUCGAAUACUUCUAGGAGCGAGUUAACAUUUUUUAGGUAAACAACCCAUUCAUGAAAACAUGAGCUCCGGGAUUGCUUUUCAGAGCUCGAGAGAUAUAAAUAAAAGACGAGAAGAAACAAAAAUUGCUAGAGAAAAUGUUUUGAAUCAGGCAAAAAAAAUCUACGAAAAGGAAGAAUGGAAGAGAGAGCAGGCCAAGGCUCGUGGGGAGGACACGUGGAUGCUGCCGUCGCUGGAGAAACGAAUUGAACAAGAUAAAGAGCAUUAUGAAAAGUCGAAAAAACACAAGAAAGAAAAGAAAAAGAAGAAAAGUAAAAAGAAGAAGAAAAAGUAUAAAAAGGAGGACUCCUCAUCAUCUAGUGAGGAUGAAUCAGAUGAGGAAGCAAUGUGGGUGGAAAAAGCAGCAUCUGCAGUCAACAAAGGUGUGGAUCAGAGAUCUGAAGGAGUGGAUCAGAGGCCUGUCAUCAAGGGGCCCCAAUUACAGCGAGACAGUUGGAUGGAGGCUCCGCUGGAUUUGCUUCCCACCAUAACAAGGAAAGAGAUCAGAGACGCAAAGAAAGCGGAAAAUCCAGAGGAGGAGAAAAGGAUGAGUAUCGACAAGAUGGGGCAACAUGAGAGGGAACUGAAUCCUUACUGGAAAGAUGGAGGGACUGGUUUACCAGAAGAGAAAGUGGCUCCAAAAAAAGCUUGUGCUCCAUUACCUGUGGGGGAUGGGGGCUACUCCUGGAUGAAAAAAGCCUACAAUAGGUGUGUGGAGCAGGCCAAGGAAGAAAACAGAACUCUGGAGGAUGUAGCAACUGAAAAAUAUGGAUCUCUGGAAAAACUGGACUCAAUGUUGAAAUCAGCAGAGAAAGCGUAUCAGGAGGUCAUGAAGGGCAAACAGCAGGGUGGACACCAGAGGGAUGGGGACAGUAGAAGGCAGAGGUUCAUGAAACCUGGAGAAAGUGACGGCAGCAGAAGGGCGGGAUUCAUGAAGCCUGGAGAAAGUGAUGGCGGCAGAAGGGGGGGAUUCAUGAAGCCAUCUGACAACAAUGACACUGCUUAUCAGAAAUACAAACACUCUGCAACUAGUGAUAACAAUUACAAGUCAAAAGGAUGGAGGAGGGAAAGGUCAAGGUCAAAUGAGAGGUCAAGAUCUAGGGACAGAAGGUCAAGGUCAAGAGAAGGGAGAUCAAGAGACAGAAGACGGUCAAGGUCAAGAGAGGAAAGAUCAAGGUCAAGAGAAAGGAGGAAAUCAAGAGAGAGGAAAAGGUCAAGGUCACAUUCAAGAGAGAGAAAAGGGUCAAGGUCACAUUCAAGGGAUCGAAGUUCAAAGUCAAAGCGGGAUAGAGGUGACAGAUCUCCAUUGAGAGAUUGUGAAGGUGAUGAGAAGGAGGGUUCAUCCAACAGACUAGCAAUGCGUUUUAUGAAACCAGAAGACAAUACUUAUAAACCUGAACAUAAAGGAAGUAUGAAAUCUUCACCAGCAUGGAAGAAAAAGGAUUUCCAUAAACAAAAGGACCUCAAAGAGGUGGAAAAUAGCAGUAUCAGGUCACCAAAAGAAUUAACAAGGAAGAGGCCACCCAGUUCUUCAUCUUCAUCAGAAUCAAGUUCUGGAGAGGAAAGUGGUUCUGAGAAAUCUGACCAACCAGGGCAGAGUAAAAGAGAAACGAAAGAGGAUAGUGAGGAGGAAGUGGUCCUGCUCUCCGAGAAGGAAAUGAAUCAGUUAGGGGCCAAAAUUGUCCGAGCAGAAAUCAUGGGGAACGCUGCACUUGCAGCCAAAUUGAAAGAGCAGCUGGAGAAAGCUCGAGAGAACAAAGAAAAAUACAAAGAUGCCGUACCCCCCAGUGGAGAGGAAGUUGAGGGUGGAGGACAAGUGGUAGUGCUGGCCAGGACUGGUGCCUCGGGGAUAUCGAGACCAGUGGCGGAAAGAGAGCACGAACCCCAGAAAGGAAAACGGAGGAGGAAGAAGGAAAAGGUCCUCACACAUGGAAAAUCAGGGGAGAGAGAGAGAUAUUUUGCAGAUGACGAUAGAUUUGAUAUCAAACAGAUGGUUGAAAGAGAGAAGAUGGGAACAGCAGAAGAUCAGAAUUCAAUGUUUUCUAGACUGGCAGGCAAAAGUUUGGAGAAGACAGAUGAGGAGUAUGACUUGGAUGACAUGUUUGUGAGCAGAGCAAAUAUGAAAGAAUCCGGUGCCAAACUGGAAGAAAGAGAGCGAGCUCUGGCCAUUAGAGAGCACAAGAACAUUUCUGACUGCCAGAUGUGUUUUGACAAAACUCCCAAACAUCUCAUAGUCUGUAUUGGAAAUAAGGUUUACCUGUGUCUUCCCAACAGUAAGUCCCUGUGUGAGGGCCAUUGCCUGAUAGUUCCUAUACAUCACACUGUGUCAGGAACGGUGGUAGACGAGGAUGUCUGGAAUGAAAUCCAGGUGUUCAGGAAAGCACUGACACAAAUGUUUGAGUCCAUGGAGCAGGAUGUGGUGUUUAUGGAGACCAGUAUGGGGCUACGAUAUCAUCCUCACAUGUACAUAGAGUGCAUUCCCGUUGAGAAAGAGACGGGUGACCUUGCUCCAAUAUACUUCAAGAAAGCGAUACAGGAAUCUGAGUCGGAAUGGUCAGACAAUAAAAAGUUGGUCGACCUCAGCAAAAAAGAUGUUCGAAGAUCUAUCCCCAAAGGGUUUCCAUACUUUGCUGUUGACUUUGGAAUGCAGGGAGGAUUCGCUCACGUGAUUGAGGAUGAGAGACAAUUCCCCAAGUAUUUUGGGAAGGAGGUGGUAGGUGGUAUGAUUGACGCUGAGCCCCGACUGUGGAGACGGCCCCAGAAGGAGGGCUUCGAGGAUCAGAGGAAAAAAGUGCUGCAGUUUGCUGACUGGUGGAAACCCUAUGAUUUAACACAGAGCUAGGGAAUUGUGGGAAAAAGGAAAAUGUUCCGCAGUGUGAAGUCCAUGGAGCUGAAACCAAUCAAAAUAUUACUAAGUUUCGGGGAAAGCAGUCAUGAUAUUACUACUGUACGUCUCAGGGGAACCAGUCAAGUCUCCGAGAGGAUGAAUUUCACAAAUUCCAGGAAAAUGAAGUUGGAGCAGCCAGGAUGUGGAUUUUGAUUGGUGGUUUAUAAUAAGUGACAUUACACUGGACACAGUGCCCUCCUAUAGAGUGUCCAGAAUGAUGAGUCGUAAGAAUCAGGAGUGUACAGAUUUAUGUCCAGGAAUUGGUUACCUGUGCAGGAAUAGAUGAAAACAGCUGGCAUUCACAGGAAACGGAGAUAAAUACUUAUGAGUGUAAAAGAUUGCUGAUUUUUAGCUACAAAUAUGAUUUUCUGAUUAAAUUGUAACUGUUACAAUAAA